AUGGCCAGCCAGUUCUGCCCGCCUCUUGCCCCAUGCUUCUCUCCCUUGAAACCCUUGGCUUCGAACUUCCAAGACCUGCAGGCGGGUAUGUCCCUAGCGAUCCAGCGCAGCGACAAGAGGAUCCACCAUGCCGUGGUCACCGAGAUCAACAAGAAAAACUCUUGCGUCACGGUAGAAUGGGUGGAGAAAGGAGUCAAAAAAGGGAAGAAGAUUGACCUGGAGACCCUCUUCCUCCUGAAUCCAGAUCUGGCGUCUGCUGAGCACCAAAGGACCUCCAGCAAUCCUUUGCUCCUCUCGUCUGCCAUCGGGGAUCAGUGUACCACCUUGGGGCCUUGGCUUGCCAUGAUCCCCCAGAUAAAGGAAACUCCCUCCGGGGACAGUGUGCCCUUGGUGUCCCCCAGCCACCCGUGUCUGAUGAAGCAGAGAAAGUCUCCCUGCCUGCUGGAAAUCGAGAAACUGCAGAAGCAGCGGGAGAAGCGCCGGAGACUGCAGUUGGAGAUCCGCGAGAGACGCGAAAUGGACGUCAACACCGGGAACCCCAACUGGGAGACGAGGCGCAUGAUCGAAGAGUACCGCCAGCAACUGGGCAGCCACAAGGUGUGCAGCCCGGGAGCCCCCGAAGUCCAUCGGAUCUGUGUGUGCGUGAGGAAGCGGCCCCUGAGCCAGCGAGAGACCAACAUGAAGGACCUGGACAUCAUCACCAUUCCCUCAGAUAAUGUGGUCAUGGUGCAUGAGUCCAAGCAAAAGGUGGAUCUCACCCGCUACCUGGAGAACCAGACCUUCUGUUUCGACCAUGCCUUUGAUGACACAGCCUCCAACGAGUUAGUGUACCAGUUCACUGCCCGGCCCCUGGUGGAAUCGAUCUUCCGCAAGGGUAUGGCCACCUGCUUCGCCUAUGGACAGACUGGCAGUGGGAAAACGCACACCAUGGGCGGAACCUUUUCUGGGAGUCUCCAAGAUUGCUCCAAAGGCAUUUAUGCCUUGGUGGCUCAGGAUGUCUUUCUUUUGCUUAAAAACGCCACGUACGAGAGGCUGGAUCUCAGGGUGUACGGGACGUUUUUUGAGAUUUAUGGAGGCAAAGUGUACGACUUGCUGAACUGGAAGAAGAAGCUGCAGGUUCUGGAGGAUGGCCAUCGGCAGAUGCAAGUGGUCGGGCUGCAGGAGAGAGAGGUGUGUUGUGUGGAGGAAUUACUGACCCUCGUGGAACAGGGAAACAGCUGCAGGACUUCCGGGCAGACAUCGGUUAAUUCCCACUCUUCCAGGAGCCACGCCGUGUUCCAGAUCAUCCUGAGGUCCAAGGGAAAACUUCACGGCAAGUUCUCCCUGGUCGACUUAGCCGGGAAUGAGAGGGGCGCGGAUACUGCCAAGGCCAACCGCAAGAGGCAGCUGGAAGGGGCAGAGAUCAACAAGAGCCUCCUCGCCCUUAAAGAAUGUAUCAGGGCUUUGGGUCAGAAUAAGUCUCAUACCCCAUUCAGAGCUAGCAAGCUCACCCAGGUACUUCGGGAUUCCUUCAUAGGCCACAACUCUUCCACUUGCAUGAUUGCUACCAUCUCGCCAGGGAUGACUUCCUGUGAGAACACCCUCAACACUUUAAGGUACGCCAACAGAGUGAAAGAAUUAGCUCUCGAUCUGAGGCCCUGUCAUGGAUGCCUCUCUGCCAUGAGACCUGAGCCACCACAGAUGUCAGAGAAGCCCGUGAGGAAUUCAUGCAUGGCCCUGCAGAGGGACAGAGUGGGUAAAAUGCCCUGUGCGCAAAAGGAGCAGGACAGACAGAGCGAACACAUCGCAGCGUUAUCCGCGUCGCUCGUGAAAGACGCAGCAGCUACAUGGAAGGAGGCGGAUCAAUGGUGGGAGAACAUACAGGAGAUAACGAUGGGAGUCAACCGGGACCCGGAUGUCUGCAUCACCCAGUCAUUGUCCAUGUUGGAUCAGAAAAUUGACGUCCUGGCUGAAAUCCAAAAGAAACUCAAACGAUUACGAGCUGAUCUCCAAAAGAGGAGCCAAGUAGAGGGUAGCCAAUGA